GGAGGGGAAAACAGACAGAUGCUUGUGAGUGCUCCAUGGCUGCAGCUGCCUCAGUUCAUUCAUUUAUUGCCUGUUGUAACUUGGAAGCAUUCUUUAGGUCAGUUCAUCUUCUGGGACCCAUCCCUGCCUUCUGGUUAAGGAGUCCAUGCACACAUACAGGAUGACUCAACAGUGGGACGGAUGUUCAGAUACCAGAAAGGUCCUGGUAACUUGACAGGAACUUCCACAUUCUUUGGAGAGACCUACUGUAUGUGACACCUUUCAGGAAACUGUGCAGUUUGCAUACAGCUGAUUGUUCAGAUACCUGAAACUUUCACGAUGAAGAGAGCCAGGCAGAAAGCUGAGGUUGAAAAUGAAGCUCCUCAAACAUCACAGAGAAGCAAAAAACAGAAAACUUGUUUAUAUGGCUCAGUGUUUGGUGAAUCUGACUCUCAUGCCUCAAUGGACUGGGGAAGCCUUCCGCACCAUGUUAUUCUGCGUAUUUUUCAGUUUCUACCUUUAGUAGAUCGAGCCAGGGCAUCUUCUGUUUGUCGAAGGUGGAAUGAAAUUUUUCACAUCCCAGAUCUCUGGAGGAGAUUUGAAUUUGAACUUAGCCAGCCAGCUACUUCUUACUUAAAGUCUACGCAUCCUGAUCUCAUUCAGCAGAUUAUCAAGAGGCAUGCUGAUCAUCUGCAGUACGUCAGCUUCAAGGUUGAUAGUAGUACUGAGUCAGCAGAAGCGGCCUGUGACAUCCUUUCUCAGUUGGUAAACUGCUCUAUCAAGACACUGGGUUUGAUUUCUACAGCAAAACCAAGCUUCAUGAAUGUCUCUAAGGCUCAUUUUGCUUCAGCACUGACAGUAGCUUUUGUAAACUCCAAGUCAUUAUCAUCGAUCAAGAUAGAUGACACACCACUUGAUGAUCCUUCCUUGAAAGUUCUUGUUGCUAACAAUAGUGAUACUCUAAAACUGCUAAAAAUGAGCAGCUGUCCGCAUGUAUCACCUGCUGGAAUUCUUUGUGUUGCUGACCAGUGUCAUGGACUUAAGGAGCUGGCUUUGAACUACUACAUAUUAAGUGAUGAACUGCUGCUGGCUCUUUCGAGUGAAAAACAUGUUGAUCUUGAACACCUUCGCAUAGAUGUUGUGAGUGAAAAUCCCGGACAAGUUGAAUUUCACACCAUUAAAAAGCAAAGCUGGGAUGCUCUUGUUAAACACUCCCCCAAAGUCAAUAUUGUGAUGUAUUUCUUCUUAUAUGAAGAAGAAUUUGAUGCUUUCUUCAGAGAGGAAACCCCUGUUACACACCUUUACUUUGGUCGUGCAGUAAGCAAAGCAAUGUUGGGUCGUAUUGGCAUGAAUUGCCCAAGGUUAAUUGAGUUGGUUGUGUGUGCUAAUGGACUUCAGCCUUUGGACGAUGAACUUAUUCGGAUUGCUGAGCGCUGUAAGAACUUAACAGCAAUGGGACUUGGUGAAUGUGAAGUAACUUGCAGAGGUUUUAUUGAAUUUGUAAAGAUGUGUGGGGGCAGGCUUACGCAGCUUUCCAUAAUGGAGGAGGUACUGAUUCCAGAUAAUGAUUAUAGCUUAGAUCGACUUCAUUUGGAAGUCUCCAAACACCUUGGAAGAAUGUGGUUUCCUGAUAUGAUGCCAACGUGGUAAAUUCUCUACCUUUGUGGAUAAAAUGGUAGAAUGAGGGUGUUGCUUUCUAUGCAAAUCAAGAAUUUAAAAAUGAAAUGUGAAGACUGAUUUCCAGCUUUGAGUUUUUCUACCUUGAGAACCUCUAGUAAUGUAACAGCAAGACAUUCUAGAAUGUUAAUGGUAUAUUGAAAUAGAAAAUAGAUUAAGUGUACUUAACAGUUCUGAAAGUAUGUUUGUGGUUUAUAGGAGCUUCAGUGAAGGUGGGCUUCUCUGAGCUUCAGUUUAAAUGUUCCAUUCACAUUAAAGUGGUUGGUUUGGGUUUUUUUUAAUGUCUUUGUUUAGUCUUUCCAAUGUAGUCAGAAGGGGGCUAGAGAUACUUUUCUCCUUUUAGCAAAUCUGUCUUUAUUAGAAGCUGGGUACAACUUGGAGUUCAGUGUUACUUGUUUUAUGUUUUAUGCAGCUAUUUUUCAAAAUAUUCCUGUUAUAAAUGUAAAAGCUUGUACAUUAAAAUACUUACGCUACCCCAGGUUAUUCAAAUGUCUAGCUUAAACUCAUGCCAGUAUAUUAAAACAUUGCGGUAAAUAAGCUUAUGCUUACAAAAACCUUUCCAGUUUUAAAUUGCACUUUAACAAUUUUGUCAGAUUAGCUAAACUGUAGAGACUGCAUUGUACAGUAUGUUAUUUUUCUGUCUUAUGCAUUAAAUGGAUGGGAAAGAGACCUUGUUAAAAUUAAUGAAUUUAAAAGUUUGGAUCUAGAUUGCUUUGGUGAAUGACAAAGCACUUUGGA